CAAGUUUCCAAGCUCCUUUUGAUGGAACCGAUUCUGAAAGUCAUCACAGUUUUGAUUCUGGUUCGUUACCGAUAUCGGUUCAAGAAGAGAACUGUAGGACUUCUCACUGGUCAACGGUAUCCUCUGCAUAUUUCACGAAUCCUUAUUCGACCAGAUUUUGGGCUGGUGCUUCAAGCGAUAGCUUACCUUGCUUGGAAUAUUUUUCACCUUAUUGUUUCUAUAUUCCUAGUUAUAUUCAGUGCCCCUGGUUUAUUUCUCAACGACAACCAGGUUUCUCAUAACUUGAAAUAAAACAGAAACCAAAAGACUGAGAAAGUUUAUGCGGGGUUGAGGAAGAACGGAAACAAACUUUUUCUGGAGUAGAUAUACGAAAGAUUGCUACACGUUUAAGAACCCUUUUGCUAUAUUUAGCAUAAAGGAAGAUUCAGUCACGGUUCAAAUCACGUGUAUUUAAAACUUCGAUAAUUAGCAAGGUCUUAUCGUAACGAACAUUUUUUUUGCAGACACCAUAACACGAAAAGAGUCGUUCAAAUGUUUCCGCUCAAAGACAAUUUCGCAAAAUCUAUCCUGUAAAGUGUUCAGAGGAGAUGACGCACAUGUUACUUUAUAUAGGAACAUUCCGUUGACGAAACGAUUGUUGUUUUUCAGAUUUUUUUCAACAAACGUAUGCAAGACUUUUGCGAACAGUUCCCAACUAAGGAAUGGUUUCUGUCUCCAUGUCAGCAAGGGCUACAUUUCAAUCUUCUCCCUCGAAAUUGAACUUUUUGGCGCCUAAAUAAAAGAAUAGCAGAAACU